GUCAAAUUGAAAGCGAACCGUUCCCAUUAACACCACCGCAUAUCAUGGAGUAAGGUCCAACAAUAGUCAAAAGUCUGUUUGUACUUAAUUCAACAAAAAACAGUGGAAAUAUUUAUUCAUUUAGUAGCAGGAGUUUUUUUACACUCACACACACACACACUUAUAAAUAAAUAUUUAGAGUUAUUAACACAAUCGGCCGUGACGAAAGACAUCGUUACAUCUCCAUUGUAUCAAGUUCAACAUAUCCACUCUGCACUUAACUCUUUGCAGCUCAUGUUAGACUAAACCAAACUUUGGUUCUCGGACUCACAGACAGGUAUUGUAGCGUAUCAGGAUCCUUGCUAAAAGAAUUACCAUUUUUUUUGGCAUAUAAUUGCCAGGCAUCCACGCUAGAGAGAUCACUGAGGAAUAUAAGCUUGAUAUCCAUAUUGAAUUAUUGAAAUUACAUCCGAUAAUGCUUCUACGGAAAAUAUCACUUUUGAUGCAGAUUUUAUUUUUGACCUGUUGCCCAAAUUCUUCAUGGGGAACGCCCUGGAACUGCACUGUUACUGGUCUAGUCAGACUGCUGUCAUUCCCGUUACCAGAGAAGUAUUCAGUUCAAGUUGAGUCUAAACUCAUCAACAGCUCAACUAUAAAUCUAUUGCACGAAGUCUAUUUUCAGAACAUUUCGAAGCUAACAGUCACAAAUUUAACUCACGUUACACAUUGUUUGUAUGAUUACAACUUUAACCAACUUGUAACAACAGUCACAGAUUUGAAAGGAACAAGAAUAGGUUCUUGCUCUGUAAAUCCACUGCAAAAGCUCUCACCCUGUGUACCUGGUCAUACAGAGACUAUACCACUUUUUCAAAUUUCACAUCAUGGAACCUGGGUGGCAACAGAUAUGGCUCAAGUACGUCAGAUAAUUUCUACCCAUUUCGAAUUGUGUCUCAAUUACUCAAGCCAAGAAGAAAUUAAGUUACAUGCAUACAUUGCCGAUUCAUGGACGUUUCCUGAAAUAAAACCAGAUGUUAACAAUAUUGUGAGGGUAAAAUUCGAAGAAGUAGAUGGAAUCAUUGUAAAUGAUUAUGUUGGUUUCCACACAAACCCUACUUAUGAAGAUAUACAGUUACCAUUUGGAAUAUUCUGUGAAAAUAUGAAAUCUCAUAACAUAUCCUUGCCUAAAAUACCAAAUGUCUUCGCCAUGCACUAUGAGAAAAUAUUCCUCGAGAAGAUAACUACUGAAAAGUUAAUAUUUGACAUGAACAAGAAAUAUGUCUUGCAUGAAAUAGAAAACCAAAAUGUCUCCCAUGGUGCCAAUAUAAUCAUAUAUGACUACUACACUGGUCACAAGUACACAAUUAUCAAAGCAACAGGACAAUGCCAGAAUGUUGAGAAACUUCAGAUUGGUGAUCGAUUUGUGGAAAGAUUUUCUUCAAAAUUGAAAAUGACUGAUGCCUUAAGUUUCUUCUUCCUGAAAAAAUCCACCUUUGAAUAUAUUGGAAUGCGUCAACUCCGUGGUGUGAUGUGUAAUGUGUGGACUGGAUAUCAUUUUGAGAAGGCAUCCAAUGAAAACAUCACUAUAGAAUGGUAUUUUACGCAGAAAAAUUGGACAGACAAUAUCGGUGAAACUGCUGAAAGACUUGUCAUCUUCCGUGUGGAUGUUUGGAUGCCUGGUAAUCCAGAAGCAUAUGUUUAUAAUAUUUAUCAGUUUGAUACAGCGCCUCCUUCUUGGUCCACUUUUGACAUCACUCCGUGUGCGAGUUAUUCUGAUAAAGUACAUUUUACAAUCCAGUUCUACGUGAACAAUAAAAACAGGACAAUUCUAAGGUACCUGACAGAUCAUUCUUCAGUCCAGCAAUUACAAGUAGCACUUUCAAAUAUGAGUGAAAUAACACCUGUUCGAAUAGCUCACACAGAGAUGGAUAUUGAUUUGGAUAAAAAGAAAUUAUUUUUUUCUGCUUCACUGCUGGAUGCCCCUAAAGAAGAGAAUAAACAAUUUCGAAGUGGCAUAAAAGAUAAUGAAAUAGCAUACAUGAUGAUCCAAGGACUUAUGAUGAAUCGGUGGAAUUUUUCAAUUGAAAUGAAAAUGAAUUUGAAGGAAAAGAUGAUUGUGAACAUCACGGCUGAGAAAAUAUGGAAGUCUUCAGCAGACAGAAUAUUCUCUUCAACCACAAAAACAUUGGAAUUAUCAACGACUGCAUAUAAGGCAACAGCUACCAGCAAACCAGCCACAAGUUCAGUUUUCAAAUCAACCGCAUCUCACAGCACAAAACAUACAUUGAAAUCUUCAACUACACAUUCUACACGUCCUGUUCACACUACUAAACAUAAAACCUCAAACAAACCUAUAAUAACAUCCUUCAUCACAAGUUCUGUCCAUUCAACCACACGAAGAUCUUCAAAGGCCUCAACUAAAUCAUCUCCUUCAAGAAACUCUGUUCCUUCUACUAAACGCACCACCUCAAACACGCCCAAAGUUUCAUCUGUUAUACAUUUCACGAGCUCCCAGACAUCAACACCUUCCAAGACUACAUUCAAAACGACUUUAUCAAACAAGAAAUCAACGAAUAAACAUUUUCACACAACAUCCAUGACUUCAAAAUCAUCAACAAAGCCAAGCUCUACGAGAAAAACCAAAACCAAAGUUCCUAACUUUUCUACCAUUCCCGCUUUCAUCCUUCCAGGACCCAUGGUAUGCAGUUGUCCAACACAACCAACUUCAAAACCUUGCACUGAAAGUUUGGCACAAAGUAGUAAAGAUACGAUUAGUCAAAGUACUCUUGUUGGAAGUAUAUUUGGCAGUUUCUUUCUUGGUAUAGCUGUAGCCUUGAUAUUAUACGCUGUAAGGAGGAUAUUUAUAAACAAAAUCAAAGGACAUCACAUCAGCAGUAUAGACUACCCUUACACUCAAUUCUAGAAUAACUCAUAACUUGAGUGAAGAUGCCUUGUUUUGUUAUAUCUUGUACUCUUGUCUGUCUUCCACCUACAUACCUACCUACAUACAUAUAUACACAUACACACAUGCAUAUUUAUGUAUAGAAAUUAAAUAUAUAUUCCACAUAUAUACAUACCUACGCAUAUGUAUAUGUUUAAAUAUAUAUAUAUAUAUAUAUAUAUAUAUAAUGAGUAUGUAUGUAUACACAUAUAUACAAGGUAUAUACAUACAUAUAAAUAAUACAUAAUAUAUAUAUGUAUUCAGUGCAAAUGGGUUUUUUUAUACGGUGCCGUGUUUACAAAUCUGUAAAUAAUAAGAAUGAAAUUUUUCUAUAAGCUUAAAGCUUAUGGCAAUCACAAAGCAGUGACUAAGGAAAAUAGUCUAAUAAAGGGUCAUAUAAGCCCCCUACAGAAACAAUAAGGCUUUCCUAUCUGUGUAGGAAAUCCAGUGAUUGCCAUAAGCUUUAAGCUUAUAUAAAAAUACCAUUAUUAUUUUUUACAGGAUAUAUAUGCACACACACACACACACACACACACACACACACACACACACACACACAUCAUAUAUACAUAGUCGUUUGCAUGCAACCCUCUGUGUACCUGUGUAUAUGAAAUCAUAACUAAUGAAUCACCUUUUCUCCCAUUCAAUAUUUUGUCAAUCCUUGCUUCUUUUUCUAACCCUCUGUCCCCCAAAACUUGGGGGACCUUGAGUUAUAUUAAAAUCAAUUAUUGAGACCAAUAUGGAUUGACAAAGUUGUUAGGGGAUUCUAAGAAUAAUGCUUUGCAGUAUUUGUUCCAAUUUGGCUCUAUAAAUUCUGAGUUCAGAUUUUUCUGCAGUCUACCUUGCCUUUUAUCCAUUUGGGGCUUUGAAAAACAAAAGACACCAGACACGUACGGGUUUGAAGAUAUCAAUUAAGCCUCAAAAUUUCUGAUCUUGUACGAUUCUUCUUCUGUCAAAUGUAAAUAAUGGACAUGAUUCCUCAUCUCUUAAAUAUGGAACUGAAUGUUCAUUUUUAUUCACCCCAGCAAUGUUCAGUUUCUGGUGUCUGGCCAGGUGAUCACAUUGGAUCAUUGCAUCCCACAGGAUUUUGCAAUUCUCAUUUACAGUGAUUCCUUCUGGAGUUUUCUCACACCAUGUCUUUGCUCUUUGCAGGCCGUGAUUUCCCCAGAGUUCCCAAUGGAUCAUUCUUGCCACAUUAUCAUGGCAUCUCUUGUAUUCGUAUUGUGCCAAUUUCAGGCAUUUGCUAAUGAUAUGCCAUACCACUUCAGCCUUCUCACCACACAUUCUGCAUUUGUUGUUAUCGGUAGUGUUGUCAAUUCUGCACUUCCUAUAAUUGGUCCUUAACGCUUGUUCUUGAGCUGCACAUAUGAGUGUUUCUGUCUCCAUCUUCAGGUCACUCCUCCUCAUCCAUAGCCACUGGUCCUCUGUAUCUGUCAUGGCAUUCACAUCUCUUGCACACUGAUUGUACAUUUUCUUCUUUUUUCUUUCUUUCUUUUAUUUGUUUCAGUCAUUCGACUGCGGCCAUGCUGGAGCACCGCCUUUAGUCGAACAAAUCGACCCCAGGACUUAUUCUUUGUAAGCCUAGUACUUAUUCUAUCAGCUACUUUUGCCGAAACGCUAAGUUACAGGGACGUAAACACACCAGCAUCGGUUGUCAAGCGAUGUUGGUGGGGGGGACAAACACAGACACACACACAUAUAUAUAUACACAUAUAUACGAUGGGCUUCUUUCAGUUUCCGUCUACCAAAUCCACUCACAAGGCUUUGGUCAGCCCGAGGCUAUAGUAGAAGACACUUGCCCAUUGUGCCAUGCAGUGGGGGACUGAACCCAGAACCAUGUGGUUGGUAAGCAAGCUACUUACCACACAGCCACUCCUGCACCUAUUUGUUCACUUUUCCGUUUCAAUUUUUCUUUACUUACACAAUCUUCAGUUUUGCUGAUGCCGGCCUUCUUCGUGUGUUUCAACAGUGGCUCCAUGGCAUUUUCUAUAUACCACUCUAGGCUGUUUUCUUCUGCUUUGGUACAGUUCUGGAUAAGUACAGCCUAUCAGUGUUACUCAUCGGUCGGAAGACUCCAUGUAUUGUCAACAUUUUUCUGGUCUUGGUGAUUAUUAUUAUCAUUAUUAUUAUUAUUAUUAUUAUUAUUAUUAUUAUUAUUAUUAUUAUUAUUAUUAUUAUUAUUAUUAUUAUUAUUAUUAUUAUUCAGUAGUUUUAUUUUUAUAACGUGCUUUCACUUCACUACCGAGCGCAGCUCUGUGCGCCUUGGGUAUGUGCUGUGGUUUGCUGUGAUGCUCUUAUGGUUACUGUAUUGAAAGUGUUUUGCGUAGGAUGUGUGCAGUGCCCAGUAGUGCAAUUUUCUGUAUGUUAUAUAUAUUUGUAAGUCCUGGUGUUUUUGUUAUUUAUUUGUCUGAAUAUUUUUUAUUAUACCUAAGGCACCUACUAUGAUAGGAAUUGUUUCUGUUUUUAGAUUCCACAUUCGAGUUUCCUCUAUUUCCAGGUCUUUGUAUUUUGAAAGUUUUUCCAUUUCUUUUAGAGAAACGUUGUCAUCUGCUGGUAUUGAUACAUCAAUUAGAAAGCAUUUUUUUUCUUCAUGAUCUUUGACAACUAUAUCUGGUCUAUUAUUAUUAUUAUUAUUAUUAUUAUUAUUAUUAUUAUUAUUAUUAUUAUCAUUAUUAUUGUUGAAGGUGGCAAGCUGGUACCGCACUGGGCAACACACUUACCAAGAUGUCAUCAGUCGCUACAUUUGGAAAGGCUGUGAGCUGGCAGAAUCAUUAGCAUGCUGGGCAAAAUGCUUAGUGGUAUUUUGCCUGUCGCUACAUUCUGAGUUCAAAUUCAACUAAAGUCGAUUUUGCCUGUCAUCUUUUCAGGAUCGAUAAAUUAAGUACCAGUUGCAUACUGGGUCGAUAAACUCGAUGAGUCUCCUUCCCCGAAAUUUCAGUCUGUUUGUCUAUAAUAGAAAGGAUUCUUCUUCUUCUUCUUCUUCUUCUUCUUCUUCUUCUUCUUCUUCUUCUUCUUCUUCUUAUUAUUAUUAUUAUUAUUAUUAUUAUUAUUAUUAUUAUCAUCAUCAUCAUCAUCAUCAUCAUUAGGUGGUAAGCUGACAGAAUUGUUAGCAUGCUGGGCAAUCUGCUAAGUGGCAUUUCGUUCAUCUCUAUGUUUCAAAUUCUGCCAAGGUAGACUUUGCCUUUCAUUUUGUUGAAGUAAAAAAAAAAAAAAAAAGGUUAUGACCCUGGGGGUCGAUGCAAUCCCAAAAUACCAAGCUCUGUCUUGAGGAUUGCCCUUACUCUGCGAUAACAUUCUUUUCUGAUCUUUCCUCCCCCCUCAUCAUUGAAUGCUUAAUUCCAUCCCCUUCAAAUACCACCAGGUAUUUGUAAUCCUCCUCUGGUUCUAACUCCUUUAUAAAAUUCUGUUGGUCAAGUUUCACAUUGAAUGUUUCUGUCACUUUCCCUGUGAUAAAGAGAGCUUUUGUGCAUUUAUCUUGGCCAAAUUCCAUCCUGAUGUCAUCACUAAAUUGCAGUUGCUGUUGUGAUCAUCAUCAUCAUCAUCAUAAUUACCACCACCACCACCAUCAUCAUCAUCAUCAUCAUCAUCAUUAUUGCAAUAAAGAAAGGUUUAUGAUUAUUUUUCAA